AUGCUCGGAACGGAGUGGCAGAGUGCGCGAGGUGGAGGGGCGUUUUGUUACAAGGGCUUUCAACAAACGGACGGACAUAGCUCUAAUUCAAAAGCCCUAUGUCUAUGGAGGCCUAGUCCGCAGACUAACAACUACUGCAGGGCCUUUACUUGCGGGGACCUAGUGGCAGUACAGGUUAUGCUGCCAACGAUCGGAGGUUGGCAAGAGGUAAUAAUAGCCUCGAUCUACUUCCCAGGGGACUCAGUCGAGAAUCCACCACCAGACAAGAUCAAAAACCUUAUCCAAUUCUGCCAAGAGAAGAACAGAGGGCUUAUUCUCGGCUGCGACGCAAACGCACAUCACACGGUUUGGGGUAGCACGGACAUCAAUAACAGAGCAAAUAGAGGGAGAGAACCUACUUUUGUUAGCAGAACUAGGCAAGAGGUGCUGGAUUUAACACUGACAACCCCCCUGCUCAGCUUCAAGAUUGCCAACUGUCUGGAAGUGGAGAGUCCAGAGGAGAAAAUUAUUAGAAUCCCUAAGCUCACGGACUGGUCGUCUUAUCAAAAACAACUGAGGGGUGAACUAGAGGGUUCCAAAGAAGUUAUAACAGGUAUAGAGGAACUGAAUAGGACCUCAACUAACCUGCAUAACAUCAUUCACGAAGCCUACAAAAACAGCUGCCCGACAAAGCAUAAAAAGUCCACAACAUCAUGGUGGAACCAGGGUCUGGAGGAGAUGCGUUCCUUGGCCAGGAGAUUCUUUAAUAAGGCCAAGAGGACCAAAUGUCAAGCACAUUGGGAUCGCUAUAGAGAAGCCCUCACCGGCUACAAUAAAGAAUUGAGAAGGUCCAAAAGAAAAUCUUGGAGGAGCUUCUGCAAAAACAUUAGCAACUUCCCUAUUUCGGCUCGCCUACAAAAAGUAAUGGCGAGCCGAAAUAGGGAAGUUAGGGAAAUAGGGAACCACUCCAACCAAAUUGGCCAUCUGCUUAAAGCAAAUGGCAAAUACACGGACGACGCUGGGGAGGUGUUAAAGCUCCUUUUAAACACCCACUUCCCCGGUGGUUACAUCGUCACCAUUGACAACAAGACUAGAAGUGAGGAAGAGACCUUGAUGCCCUACUACCUUCACUACUGCAGAGUCAAAAGUCUAGCUUGGCACAUCUUUGCACCAAGCAAAGUAAGAUGA